AUGGUAUUGGAUCUCGAUCCAAAACGUUUGAUACUCGGAUCUGUUCAAUGUACUUGGCUACCGAGUACCUUCAGAGCUCUGAAUUCUUUUGCUUGUCGCUUUGUUACCACCUGCACCACUUGUAAAUUGGCAAGUGAAAGAAAUGGUCCAUACAUACUAGAGUUACUGUCUCAUCUCUCAACGACCAACCAGAUAUCCAACACACUAGAAGAUAUCAAGAAGCUCAAACCAUUGUUGGAUCGUCUCCCUCUCGUAGCAAAGUUAACGGAGCAGGCUCGUAACAACACCACAAUCAAAAUCAUUUACAACAGAGCCGAACCAAAAAAAUGCAUCCACAUGGUUCUCUUAUCAACUAUUGAUACAGAUGCAUUUGCCACCAAAGGAGAUGAUGGUGGUUUUAAAUUGGUCAAGUGUGGAUGUGAUACACCUCAAAAGGUGUCACCCGAAAUCCUUAAAGUGGUCAUGAAAGAGAUCGAUCAAUUCCCCAAUAAUGGUGUUACAAUUGAAUCAAUUGACUCAAUCAAGAAAAGAUUUAAAGAUAUGGAGGAUAGAUUACAAGGAUCGGGUGCUUUGAUCCCUUUAUACAUGAAAUCUGUCUAUCGAUUUCAUGUAUAA